AUGGACGGCGCUCAACAAGACAUCCUCGAGUACUGUAGCACUCGAGAGUUCGAACUCGCUAGAGACAGCCUCAGUAUUAGCGCAACAGAUCAUCUCUCUGAGACUGACACGGUCGAGCCCUUUCCCCGGAAUUUCCCCGCACACAAACGGAUUAUCGGAACGCGCUUUAUCGUGGACGGAUUCCGCCACGCGGGGCCGUGGUCGCGCUGCUAUUGGCUCACCCACUUCCACGCGGACCACUAUUGCGGCCUUUCCCCCUCUUGGCGCGCGGGGGUGAUUUUCUGCUCCCCCGUCACUGCGCGCCUGCUCUCCGCGGUGCUCGGGAUCCCCCCCGCGUGGGUACGCCCGCUCCCCCUGCGCGCGUCCGUGACGGUGGAUGGCGCGCGCGUGGUUCUGCGGGACGCGCACCACUGCCCGGGGGCUGUCCUGCUGCUGUUCCGCAUUCCGCCUGCAGGGGGAGAUGUGGGGGCAAGCACGGAGGAGGAGCGGGCGGGGGCGGGGAAGCAGGGGGCGAGAGGGGCGGGGAAGUUUCUGGCGGAAGGCAGGCGCAAGUCCAGAGAUAGCGGAAAAGGGGAGAUGGGGGGAGGAGAGAGGGUGGAAGGGGAUGCGCGAAGGGGAAAGGGGGAAGGGGAGGGGGGAUCAGUGGAUCGGGGGGAGCGGGGGGAAGUGAAGUGGCGGAGGGUGUUGCACACAGGGGACUUUCGCCUGAGCCCUUGCAUGCUGCAGGACCCUGUGAUGCAGGCGAUGGUGGGCGUAGAUGCAGUGUAUCUGGACACCACGUACUGCCACCCGCGCCACGUGUUCCCCCCCCAGAGCGACGCCGUGCAGUAUGUGGCGCAGAUGCAUCGUGUUGAAGCCAUGGAUGUCUCACAAGAGAGAGGAGACAGAGAAGCAGCAGUGGCAGCAGAAGCAGAAGCAGAAGCAGAAGCAGAGGGACAGCAGCAGAAACUGCAAGACCGAGUGCUGGUCCUCAUAUCCACCUACGUGAUAGGCAAGGAAAAGCUCCUCCUCUCCAUCGCCUCCCACUGCCACACCCGCAUUGUCGUCGACCCAGCCAAGCUCAACACGCUCCGCUCCCUCGACCUAACCCCAGCAGAGCUCGCAGUGUUCACCACCGAUCCUGCCGCCAGUCCCGUGCAUGUGGUGCGCUGGGGGGUUCUGGGGGACGUGUGGCCGUUUUUUCGGCCGAAUUGGCGGAAUAUGGAGCGGUUGGGGAGGGAGCGCGGGUGCGGGAGGGUGGUGGGGGUGGUGCCGACUGGGUGGAUGUAUGAGAUGAAGCGCGAGGGGUUUCCGGUGCGGCGGAGGAGUGUGGUGGUGGGGGGAGAGGAGGGGGUGGAGGGUGUGGGGGGAGAGGAGGGGGCGGUGAGUGUGGGGGCAGAGGAUGCGGGGGUGGGAGUGGUGGGAGAGGAGGAGGGGGCGGUGAAUGUGGGGGAAGUGGUCGUGGACGUGGGCGCGGGGAAGGGAGGGAUGGAGACGUUGGAAAAGGGUGUGAGCAUGAGCAGUAUGGUCAUGGGGGAAGGUGGCCGGGGCAGGGGGGACGGGGAUAAGAGCAUGGUGUACGAAGUCAAAAGCAUGGGGGAAGGGAGCAGAAGCAGCAGCAGGAGCAGCAGGGGCAUGCGCAUGGAGCUGGAGAUUCACCUGGUGCCAUACAGUGAGCACUGCAGCUUCCCUGAGCUGCGCUCCUUCCUCUCGUUCCUCCGCCCCCACCGCAUCAUCCCCACUGUCAACACGGGUGAGACUCCUGCUUCCGUUGCUGCGACUUGUGCUGCUGCUCCCUCGCCCUCUGUGCGCGUGCAGCUGCAUUUUCUGAGGGGGCUGGUGGAUGAAUCGGCUUGCAAGCAGCGGUUUCUUGCGGGGUUUGGAAGGCGGAGAGAAAGGAGAGGGGGAGUGGUGGGGGGGGAGGGUGAGGGAGAGGUGGAGAGGGGGAGUGGGGGUGAUGAGAGGGGAGAGGAAGGGGGAGGAGGAGGUCAGGGUUUGGGAGGGUGUAUGGUUGAGCAGGGUUGGGAGGAGAGGGGAGAAGGGGAGGGAGAAGAGGAUGGAGAGGAGGGGGGCCUGGAGGAGGGAGAGGAAGAAAAAGGACAUGGUGAGGGAGGUUUUUGUUUGGAGAGGGGUGCUGGUGACGGGUCUGGUGAGUGGGAGGCGGAGAAAAUGGAAGAAGAGGGGGUUGGGGGGGGCGCGUGUGGUGGUGAGGGCGGAGCGUGUGGAGAGGAUUUAUAUCGGGCAGGCGCUGCUGACGUGGCAUCGUUGCAGGGUGACAUGGCUGCUUCUGACGGGCUACUACCACCAGCCGCGAAGCGUCAGCGGUUGGAGCCGUGUGUGGCUGCUGGGAGGGCUAGUGACAACAAUGGCAACGCAAGGACCAGCAGCAGCACUGUGGCUCCUGGCAGUAACAUUUCACAAUGCAGUGACAGCGCCCAACGGGGGCUCGUGAGAGCAGGCAGCCAGGCCAAGCAAGGCAAGCGUGUGAAAGGGCAGAAGGGGAGAGCAGCAGCAACAGGAGCAGGAGUACGUUCAAGUCCCCGGGUGGAGGCAGGAAGAAGGAAGCCAGGGGGUAAGCAGCAGAGAGGAGGGGGGGGUGUGGUGACAAGGCAUGGGGGCACGCAGCGGAGCAUAAAGCACUUCUUUGGCUCGUCAACGUCAACACCAACAUCAUCCAAGGGUUUACCCAGCCAAGCUAACGCAGUGGAGUUGGUUCGGCCAGCAGAGGAGUGCAGUGCGGUGCAGAUGGCGACCACCACGCCCGCUGCUGCCACCCCUGCAUUCACACCUCGUGCUUUACUCACCACGCGAGUUGCCAGUUCAUCCGCUCACCCCUCUUCGGACAUUCGUGCUGCUGCACCUUCGCGGCUGGCAGGGUGGGAGUCAGGAGCAGCAGCGCCAUACAUGCAUCUGGCAGUGGCGUUCGAUGCAGUGGAGAGGGAGAGUGGGCGCAUCAAGACAAGCGACAUUCUCACCAACACCUUCCGAAGCAUCUUGGCACUCUCCCCCAAUGACCUGCUGCCAGCUGUCUACCUCUGCACCAAUUGCAUCGCUCCCGACUUUGUCAAUGCUGACCUGAACGUGGGGGGAGGCACUGUGGCGGGUGCCGUGUGUGAAGCAACAGGCGUGAAGAGGCAGCAGCUGCGACUCAUGUACACACGCAUGGGCGACCUUGGCGACGUGGCCCAUGCAUGCCGCUCCUCUCAACGCUUGCUGCGUGCCCCGCAGCCCCUCACCAUCCACCGCCUCUUCCACACCCUGCGCUCCCUCAGUUGCGAGGCAGGGCAGGGCAGUGGGGCGCGCAGGAAGGCCCUGAUCGUGUCGCUGCUGCGAGCAUGCCGGGGCGUGGAGAUCAAAUACGUCGUCCGCACACUGGUGCGCAACAUGCGUCUGGGAGCCAUGAUGAGGACAGUGCUACCAGCGCUGGCAGCAGCGGUGGUGCUGCACCAUGCCUCGCCACGCUCUGCCGUCCCGCCCGCCCAGCUCAAGCUCCUCCGACCCACCAUUCAGGAAGCUUCCUCUGCUCUUUCCGAGGCCUUCAACUUUCUGCCCAACCUUGAGUUGCUGGUGCCCUUGAUUCUCAGCCGAGAACCACCACCUCACAAGGUCUCUCUCCUCCUCCUCAACGCGUGCACACCAUCUCCCUCGCACCCCACCGAACCCAUCCCCACACCUGCCACCGUGGCGACAACCACUACCACUACCACUGACGCUGCAGCUUCCAGUACGACUCCUGUCACCGCCCCCCCAUCGCCCAUGUUGGGUGCUGGCCUGGCGUUCCUGCUGCAAGCCGUGGCUUCUGGCGACCUCAUCUCCCCAGGGACCCCUUUCAAACCCAUGCUCGCCAAGGUUUCCACUGGUCCUGCCCAUGUGCUGUCAAAGUUUCAAGGCCACGCAUUCGCGUGUGAGUUCAAGUAUGAUGGUCAGCGCGCACAGAUACAUGUCUGCUCUACUUCAUCAGCUCUUAUACCAUCCACCGAAAGUGGCAGAAUUGACGCUCCAGCAGUGGAAAGCGCAUCUGCAUUAACAUCGCCAGUAGCACCAUCGGCUGCACCAGCAACAUCACCAGCAACAUCACUAGCAUCAGCGCCAUUGGCAGCACCAUCAGCAGCAGCACCAGCAACACCAGCAGCAGCGGCAGCUUCAGUUCGGCUCUUCUCUCGCAGCAGCCAGGAGUGCACGGCCAUGUUCCCAGACGCCAUAGCUGCCGUGCAGUCAGCGCUGCACCCCUCAGUGUGCUCCGUCGUUCUCGAUGCGGAGAUCGUGCCAGUGUCACAUGAAAUUACUCCCCAGGGCUUCCACAAGCUGCUGCCCUUCCAAGUGCUGUCGCGGCGAGAGAGAGGCAGCAAGGAGAGAGCGGAGAGCAACGAGGAGCCAGGGAAGACAAGCAAGGGACAGCGUAAGGUGAUUGCGAGCAUUCCCAGUGGAGCGGCGAAGGCAGGUGGGAGCAAGCAGGGCGAGAGGGUGGAGAGGGGUGGUGGCGAUAGCAGCAUUUUAGCGCAGACAGGUCAAGGAGAGAGGGGGGAUGUUAUGGAGGAGAAUGGGAGGGAGGCGACAGGUAGGGGUAUAGAGGAAGGAGGGAUGGGAGCAACAGAGGGAUGGGUGGAAGAGGCGGAAGGAGUCAGGGGGGUGCAGGGAGCAGGAGGAGAGGCGGAAGCAAGCACAAAGGAAGCAGUGGUGGCAGCAUUGGGCAGUGGUUGCAGCAGCAGAAGCAUGGCAGGUCCCCAAGUCUGCGUCUGUGUCUUCGACAUUCUCUAUCUCAACGGCCAAUCACUCGUGAAGAAGAGCCUGAGGGAGCGUAGAGAGGCUCUUGUCGCAGCACUGCCUGGUGCGGCCAGCAGCGAGGUUCCCGGAGGGCUCAUGAUCGUUGCACAGACAGAGAUUGCAGCAGCAGCAGCAGCAGCAGCAGCAGCAGCAGCAGCAGCAGCAGCAGCACACCAGGGCCCUGCAGAGAAGGAUCUGCAAGUGCAGCCAAGGGAGAUGGAGAUAGAAGCUGCAGCAGCAGCUGCAGCACCACCAGCGGCACCAGCAGCAGCAGCAGCAGCAUCACCAACAGCAGGAGCAUCUGCAGCGGUAGCAGCAGGGACGGCAGAGGCGAUAGAGGAGAGUGGGAGCGGAGCCAUAGAGGCAAGCCUAGGCGCGGCGAUAGAGCGCGGGUGCGAGGGGCUGAUGGUGAAGCUGCUGGACGGCCCCCCCUCCUUCUACUGCCCCAACAAGCGCUCUGACUCGUGGCUCAAGGUGAAGCGGGACUAUGUGGCCGGGCUUGGUGACUCCUUGGAUCUGGUUCCCAUCGGCGCAUGGCAUGGCAAUGGCCGCAAGGCCGGAUGGUUCAGCCCCUUCCUAAUGGCAUGCUACAAUCCAGAUUCGGAGCGCUACGAGAGCGUGUGCCGAGUCAUGUCAGGCUUCUCAGACGCAUUCUACUCACAGGCAACGUCUCGGUAUCGUGAGAGUGAGGAGCUGAUGCUGCCGCGCAAGCCCCCAUACGUGGCCACUCUGGAGGAGCCUGACGUCUGGUUCCUUCCUCACGAAGUGCCCAUUGCCCUCACCGCACUGGUUCAGCUCUCCACGAUAGGAGGGUGUGAGGAGGAUGGGUGCGAGGAGGAUGGGUGCGAGGAGGAUGGGUGGGAAGAGGAUGGGUGGGCGGAGGAUGGGUGGGAGGAGGAUGGGUGGGAAGAGGAUGGGUGGGAGGAGGAUGGGUGGGAGGAGGAUGGGUGGGAGAAUAAUGGGUGA